GAGCCUGCGGGGGGCGAGGGGCGGCGUUUUCCGUCUGAGCCCCGCGGCACUCAGCCGUGGCGGCCGGAGGAGCAGCCGCCUCCCAGCGGGCCGCCGCAGGGUCCCGUGCUACAAGCUGUAAGGGGACCGUCUGCGAUCGCCAUGACUCUUCUUGCUAUUGCGCUCUGGUACUGCAGGCAGCUCUAUACCUGUAUAGCUCACCUGUUGAAAAGGUGGAGCAGAUCCCUGCAGAGGAAAUUCACAAGUAACCAGAGUGUUUCGGGUGAAGUUGAUCUGCUUGGCUACUGUUCAAAACAAUGGAAAGGAGAAUCAGAGCAAGCCAGAGAGAUGAGAAAGGCUUAUGAAGAGUUGUUCUGGAGACACCAUGUGAAAUACAUACAACUAGUCCGGGGAGAUAACUACUGUGUGCUAAGAGCUGUGCUGUUCCAGAUAUUCAGCCAAGGUCUUCCUCCUCCAUCGUGGACAAAGGCAACAGAUGUCCUGAAGCUCCCCGAGAAACUCCUCUAUUCACAAGGCUGUAACUGGAUCCAGCAAUAUGGUUUUGGACCAGAGCAGUACACUGGCUCCAGUACAUUAGGGAAAUUACGCAAGUGUGUUGAAAUGUUAAAAAGUCAGUGGAUGGAAACCAGUGUUAUGAAAGACCACUCUGAGAGAGGGAAGCUCUGCAAUACCCUUUUCAGCGACGAAAGCAUCGAGCACAAGCUCUACGAGGCCAUAAAAUUCAUCAUGCUUUACCAGGUCAUAGAAGCCUACGAAGGCUUGAACAACAAGCGGGACGGCAUCCCCAGGUUUUUUAACCGCCUGUUCAUGUGCGACACCUCCUUGGACCCCCUGAGUUACAUGAUGAAUCACCUGAAUUCCAUUGGGCACAGAAGAGGUCUCGACCAGGUUGAAAUAUUUCUCCUUGGGCAUUCACUUGAAGUAAAGAUAACAGUUUACAGAUUGUGUAAGUUUAAUUCAGGAGAUUUUCAAGAAAGCUAUGUGGAGGAGAAUUGGCCAGACUGGCACGAAGUGUCCCUUCUUACUGAAGAUGACCGUCACUACCACAUCCCCGUUAUCAGAAGAUAAAAGCUCAUUUUGGGUGAUGCCAGCGGGAGCAUUUGACCUGCGUUCCCUGUGAGGAAUGUGUGACUUCCAAACUAAGUGGAUGGAACGCUGGGCUAAACACACGAAAUGCAGCUCAAGAAUCAUUCCCUACUCGGGUGUAAAGCCCACAAGAUGGCCAUGAGGCAGCUCCAAGUCCAGGACCGUUUCAUUGUCAAGGUGAAACAAAGAUGGUGUAACCCCCAUGUAAGCCCCCCUCAAGCACCCCCCUUCAAUAUGCUGAAGGAUAAACAUGUUUGUUUGCGGGGGGGGGGGGGUGGACCGGAUUUUAGGGCCAAUUCACACAAUCAGGUAUUGGUGUAUGUUGCAGUUGUGCUCACAUGAGCUCUUUGACACCAUGGAUUUAUAACCCAAUCGCUAUCUACUUUCCCCAGAGCACUGAAGUGCUGAGAGAGAGUGCCUUGGAGUUUCUAAGAGUAUUCUCAGUGCCAUUGCCAGAUUAAAGUCUGCAGAAUUCUUUAGCUGAAACUAUGACCUGAAAUGUUUAUGUAACUGAUACAGGUUGGUAGUGUAGAUACAACCUUUGAAAUUGUAUAGGUCUAUGGAUGUCCUUUUUUGUUUGUAUAAUCCCCAGUGCAGCCUGUAUUUUCUCAAACAAGUAGAAGCCAUUCAUUGUACCUUGAAACCAGGAACAAAAAUGAGGCUCUGUACGCAUCACAGUAGCAGACAAAAGUUUCCUUGUAUAUCAGGACCCUGGGGAGCCAUGGAGUGUUUGUCCGGUCAUGGACCUGAUUUACACUAGAGACCCUUUCCGGGCACCACAUUGGGGAAAAUCAGGGUUUGUCCCUGAGCACAGAGGCACGUGUAUAUUCCUGGUGGAGCUGCAGUUUUGACAUGCAUCCUACAAGCUUGUAUUUUGCCAAAUUCGGAUGGUUCACUUAGGGUUGGAUCCAGCCCUCACACAAGUGGACAGUGGGACAUCCCGGUUUUCUCUUUCGCAGCUCCUUGUGCUGCUGAAUUGGCUCCAGAGGGGCCCCAACCCUCCAGGGCAGAUUUGGGGGGCUCCCUAAGUGAGGGAGGGAUAAGUGGUUCCACUAAGUUCCCUUCCACUAAUGGGGGGACAAGUUGGAUGAACCCUCUGGUUUCAGCUGGUCUGGAUUGAACUCGUGUUCUAAAGGUUGCCAUCCCACAAAGAAGCCAUGACAUUCUCCCUGGGCACACAACUUCAUGAACCUCUGGCCUACAGCUGGCCCAGAGUUGGAGCUGAGCAGCUGGGGCAUUACUACAAGAAAGGCCAUUGUGCUCCAGUUCCAGAUAGAAGAUUCUCAAUAUAUCCUCUGUAGUAAUCAGAACAAUAGAAACUUUGCUCUUGGCUGGCCAUGAUCAGGACUGUGUGUAUGCUUGAAAUUCCAUAUCAAGGAAAGCAGAAUCCUGCAACUUACAAGUGCACAAGUGUGUAUAUUUUAAACUGUUCAGGAUAUUUUUUUGUUUAACUUGUCACUGGAAGAGCAAAAGAGAUACGACCCCUGCAAUUGGAAAGUUCACUAACUUGCUACUUCUAGUUUUGAGACUUCGGGUGGGAAUGCAUAUAUUAUUCCAAGUGUAUGUUAACCGUAAGCACUAGAAACUGGCUCUUUUUAUAAAGGGGAAAAUUAAUUCAAUAUUUUCACAGUGCUGGAGAUUCUUACAAUACUGAACGCUGUGACCAAAACCAUGUAUCUCUGUGUGUCUGCUUAAGGCCAAAGUGAAUCAUAAAGGACUGUAGAGUUU